CGUGCCUCUAGUAACGGAGCACAAACAGUACGAGGAACACACGUCGCGUUGGAAAACUGAAAACACAGUUUCACUGACAGUUCGGACAUCACCUGACAUUCGCCGACCGCCGAAGUACGGCGGGAUCGCGUUAGUGAAUACUGCGACGUGGAUACAUACAACUAUUUAUAAAUGCAUAUUUCGUAGCGACGUGUGUUCAGUACUGGGCUCGGAGUUAGUGGAAAACGCGCGCGUCUUCGUGCCGCUUGCAAACUUCACGUGUUCAGAAUGAACUCUGGCAAAGUUGUACGUGCCAAAAACUAACUGAUAAACCACUUGUAAAUAUGAAAGUUCUUCAUACUUUGUGAUGCUUCCGUGAAUUGAUACGAGAUUUAGUAAAUACAUCGCCCGUUGACACGAUGUAAAUGUUAACAAGUUUCAAUGUUUACCUCUUCAGUGUUGUGAAUAUAGUUUAAACUAGUGUGUAGGACUUGGAGGAGAUGUAGCCGAGUGCCGCGGACUGUGCUCUAUAGACGGAUGGGUGGAAAUGGUUGUGAUAUAUUAAAUGAGGAGAAGACCGGUGUGCGCUCUUUACGUUUCCGAAAAGACUUGAAAUAUGUAAAUCUGGUUGUUAAUACUCCCGUAAGUUGUGAUUAAACGCUAGGAAAGCAAAUAUAUUUAUGUAUGUACGGAUAAAAUAGUGAAAAUUAAGUAUUUUAUGUACAUAUGUUGGUACUUGUUGUGUUUGAGUUUUAUUUCCAUUACAAACGUUGAAAGAUUGUCUGCGUUGGGAGUUGGUGGAUAAUUUCCCAUGAGGUUGUGACUACUACAAUAAAUAAAUCCGGGGCAAAAACUUUCAACUUCCAUUCUUAUUGAGAUGUGAUUGUCCGUACGUCCGUACGUCGUGUUGUACAGUGAUAUAUAGUGCGACUGCCUGGACUUAUUUGUGACCUGACUUCGAGACAACGACUACAACAAGGAUGUGUCGGUAGCCGGCACCGCCCAUGAAUAAUGGCGACAGUGAAUUCGGUGCAGAGCACACGGCUGCCGCUGCCGACGUUCACGCCGCGCGCAGUAGUGAUGUACAGCGCGUCGGUCGGCGGCGAGGGCUCAGUGGCGCUACAGUUGCGCGAGGCGGGCCCCGGCGACUCUGGCCGAUUUCACGACAACCGCCUAGCCAUAGCAUGCCACGAACCCGAGUUGCUUGCUGACUUCUUAAACGCCAAUGAUAUCGAUGGCGACCACAGUGGCCUGUCUGCGCUCCUGGGCGCCGCCUCACCAGACCUGGCGCUGGCGUCUGAUGCAUCCGACAGUCUGCCCCUACCAGACCAUGAUAACGACUGCACAUCAUCAUCAUCAUCACUGCUGAGCGGGGUGACGACGGUGUCGGUCGCCGUCACCGGGCUGGACCGGCCGCUCACUAAGAAAGUCCGACCAAAGCCAGCAUCGCCUAACAGACAGGGCCCACAACAGUGCCAAGUUUGCAACAAGAUCUUCGGCAAUGCAUCAGCACUAGCAAAACACAAGCUAACACACAGUGACGAGCGCAAGUACGUGUGCAUCACAUGUGCGAAGGCGUUCAAGAGACAGGAUCAUCUCAACGGACACAUGCUAACUCACCGCAACAAGAAGCCUUACGAAUGCAAAGCAGAUGGAUGUGGCAAGUCAUACUGCGAUGCCAGAUCGCUGCGACGGCACACUGAGAACCACCACCAGCCUCCAGCAACAGAAACAAGUACGAUAACCACAACAACGUCAAGUGUAAUAACAACAGUGGAGCGUGAACUGAAUGCGACUGCGACCGUGACUGCGACCGCGGCCGCGACUACGACUGCGGUCGCGACUGUCAACACGCAGCGCGUCACAUCUCCCAUCUCCCCACCACGUAUACAGCCUCCACAUUCAGAUUCAAGCAAUGGAUCAGAAAAGUCGACCACCUCACACAGCACGAGCAGUGACACAAGUCCGCCUUGUACCCCGCCCGCACCCCCCACUCCCCCUGCGAAGGCCAAACCUAAGAGCAGUAGCAAGCCCAAGUCUUGUACGACACAGCAAAGCAGUCAGAAAGCUGCGAGUGGUGCGAGUGCGAGCGGGGCGGGGAGCGGAGCGGGCAGCAACGCGGCGUCCAAUGCCGCCCGAGUCAGCGACGUCAAGCCAGUAGAAUGCAACCUGUGUCACCGCAAAUUCAAAAAUAUACCCGCGUUGAACGGGCAUAUGCGGCUUCAUGGCGGAUACUUUAAAAAGGACUCUGACAACAAAAAACUAGAUAAGAAAGAAUCCACGGGACCACCACUACAAACGGCUUCAGUAUCUGUUCGAGCGCUUAUUGAAGAAAAGAUCAUAAGUCGUCGAGGAGCUACUGUAGCUUCUACACCAUCUACAGGUACGACUACAGACUCAGUGUCUUCUCGCACAGGGUUCGUAGCGCCCGCUCCCCCGCCACUGUCCAACAUCAGACAGCCAGCGUCCCCCGCCGCCACAUCUUCGCAUUUCAUCUCACCUCGAGCACCUCCUGUCGUCACUGUUGCUUCAAACGCUGCGACCAACAUCUGCGCCGCACAAAGAGAUUCUACACUAAUAGAACUAUUAAAAAAAGGGAACACUAAGGCUGUAAAACGGUCGGCAUCAGAUCCAGGUCAAACGUCACCGCAACAGCAAGACUUCAGUUUCCGGCCAGAAUUGUUUGGAGUAUCAUUCAAUUCAGACGAUGGAUACUUUUCACCAGCACUAAAUGAAGACACGUUCCAAUUUACUACAACACACGACCAAUUAGAGGAACUAGCCUCAUUGGAAGACUAUGCAACAGUAGCGGCCUCUAUAAGAGAACGGUCACCUGUAACGUUUCCAUCCAAUCGACGACUCGCUGCGGUCUUAAAUUCACCUCUACCAGAAUCUCUAGCGGACUUCGGUGCUUGCCAUGGAGGAUCACCGGUUCCAUCGCCCGGAAUGGGAUACACUGCCAAUUCACCCGGUCUUUCUUAUUCUACUGGAGGGUCCCCAGGGUUGUCCUUUACGGCUGCAUCACCAAGUAGUUACUCGAACCAUGCCGAGCCUUCGCCGGGUAUGGCUUACCCAACACCUCCUGCGUCACACGACGCUCACUCGCCAGGGAACACUGCUCCUCGUGCAUCCUCGCCUCUUUCAGCUGCCUUUUUCACUGCCACUAUGUCUAGUCAAGAAGAGGUUGAGGAAGCUUUAGAAGAAGUGUUACCAGAAGAGUGUCGAUCGUUAGAUGCGUAUGCACUGGAACCGUCGCCAGCGCCGCGUCGUAUUAUGUUAAAUUCAGAAGAUCCUCUUCUUUCAAGCAGUCCUCGAGACUUCGCGCACCAGCGGCCUUUCCGUCGACACAGUCGUAUGGGAUCGUCUACCAUCUCACCAUUACAGCAAUGGCAACACGACUCACUUCAAGUGUGUGUGGAAGGUCGAGACACGGUUCCAGCAGUAUUCUUGAGUCCAAGUAGUGUGCCUGCGUCGCCCCAGAGACGCAAACGUCGAGCUUCCCCGGCCGGUCCGUUCCGAUCUCGUAUACGUCGUACUUCUAGUCACUACAUACCUCCUCCCAUGCUGCCUCCGGAUCGAGACGGUUCCGGACUACUAAUAGAAUGUACUGCAGGUGCGGUAUCUUCACAAACCGAUGUUCUUUCCCAACUGGAAGAGCCUCGGCCGCCACAGAUCAACAUCGGACGAGACUUCCAGGCGGAACUGCCGGCGCUAUGUAACGAUCGCAUAGAUCUACAUCGUGUGCCAGAACAGCUGUUAUGGGACCCAGGCAUCAACGAUGCCCUAGAUGAUAAUGAAGUGCGUAUGUUCAUGGAGCUGGCGAUGUGCGCGGCGAUGCCGGUGGGCGGGCACAGCCGCGAGGCGGCGCUGCAGACGCUGGGCGAGUGCGGCGGCGACGUGCGCGCCGCCACGCUGCGCCUCAUGUCGCGCGACGCAACGCACGCGCACGCGCACCACGCGCGCUGGGCGCCGCACGAGGUCGAGGCCUUCCUCGCCGGCCUCGGACACUACGAUAAGGACUUCUACCGGAUUUCGCAACUGAUAAGAACAAAAGACUCAAAACAAUGUAUACAAUUCUACUACUUCUGGAAGAAGCUCACGAAAGAUUACAAACUGCUGUACCUACGGAGCUGGGCGAUGGAUCAGCAGGUCUCGUCACAAGGCUCAGUAGGGCAGAUAUCCGCGACAAUCGCCACGUCGUGCACAGCUCCGACGUCGAACUUCGAUACCGAGGAGUUCCCCUGCAAGAUAUGCGGGAAAGUAUUUAACAAAGUAAAAAGUCGUAGCGCACACAUGAAGUCGCACCGGCCACUCGACGCCGAGCCAAAACGGCCAAAACUCGAAAAGCCUUAUGAAAAGGUCGAAAGAUCCGAUGACAGAUCCCACGCGACAGCUGAAUACCAAAGCAAAACGCCCGCGUCUGCACCCGCACCCGCACCCGUACCCGCACCCGCACCCGCACCCGCACCCGCACCCGCACCCGCCCCCGCUCCCCCUCACUGUCCGCAGCAAUAGUAACCGCCCGCACUCGCACUCCCUCAGCGACUCGCUCGGACUCGGACUAAAUGCUGACUCGCAAGCAUUUAUUAUUAUAAACAUUAUAUAUUAUUAUAGAAUUAAUUCAAAGUGACCUAGAAAGAGCGACGUAGAAUCUAGUAGCUAGACGAGAAUUCGCUUUGGACAAAUACCUUUAAAUAAAAGUAAACUUUUCGAAAUGGUCGUAACUCGUAACGCUAAGCUUCGGAGAGAGCGCAGAAAGAUAUUUUGUAUAACGAUUGAUACAUACAUAGAUAGCUCUCGGUAAAGUUUUUAUAUGACAGACUUCUCAAUGUGACUUGCAAGUGUGAUGUUGUAAAUAAUGUAGGUGAGUAGUCGGUUGUAUCGCUACGGUUCCAUCGCGCGCGAGUGACAGCUGUAUAGUACUACAGUGUACGUGUGAUACAUAGAUCGUGUAGUAACUACACUACCUCGUUUCUAUUCAGUGUUCCGUUUGGUCGCGAGCCCAGCUCGCUGUUACAUUUGCUUGUUUGCUCAUUAUUUUGUUAAUUUUUCUAGUAAUUCGUUUCUAUUUAUUUUUCUAGUCGUAUUAGACAAUUUUAUGUUGAAUGCACUAUGGAUUUCAUUGUUCUGUUGUAGUUAGUGUAAUAGUUAAGAGAACGGAAUUCAAUUCAGCAUCCGUACCUACUAGUCACAUAUCGAUGUUGAUUCAACACUUAGACGAAAUAUUCACUCGAAUAGACUAAUAUGGUCCGUGGGCGCCACUCGCCGCAGUCAGCUGGGAGCCUCAUGGUUGAUGCUUUAGAUUGAUCGUAACUAAACAAUGAAUUGAUGUCCGUCACGACUUAGGUGUAACUUAUAUUAUAUUAUUGUAUACUUACUUAGUACUCACUCCCACUUGACGCCGAGACGCCCACGGCCGCGACAAAUGGAGGGAUAAUAUUUUUUUACACAAAUAUUAUUGAAUGCUCAAAUGUGCUAUAUUUUAUGUUGGUAAUAUUAUUAUCUAAUCUAGUUCCUUGUUGAUCGUUCUGAAUUUGCCAUUAUUUGAUACUUGACAAAUGUAUAGUUAAUUUAUGAUUACUGUCUAUAAAGAUGUGUUGUAAAUGUGUCUACGUGUACCUACGUGUUGUGAUAUACCUAUGUAUGUAUGGUUUAUUUCAUCGUGUUCUAACUAUAAUUUGAUGGUACAAACCGGGCAAUACCUGAACAUUGUUGCUCAAAAUAUUAGCGAAUGUGUCACCGUAGCCUGACACUCGGUAUUUACGAAGCCUUCACGUUAAGCUAUCCCAUCUGCCUCUCAAAGUUUUCAACUCUAUUGCUUUCGUAAUAGAAUUGAAAAUGUAAACAGAUUGGGGUAGGUUGAUGUGUCCCGUACAUACUGCUCAGCUGCUCCCAAAGUUGACAAAUUAUUUUCAAAUAACAAUAUACUUCGUGGUUGUGAUGUUUCUUAGUCUACUCUUUUAUUGUCUUCCGAUACUUCUAACUAAAUUAAUUUUGGGGCAGAAUUCCUCGUAAAAGACAUGUUAUAACAAAUUAGUCUUGAAUUUUAUUUACUGUUGUUAACGACUUCUUGUUUAGAGUAAAAUUAACCAAUAACUAUUUAUGAUGAUUGCGUACAACGCGUGCUACACUCAGUAUUAUGAAAGUAGGUCUUAAUAUAUCGAACAAUAUUUACGUCACACUUUCUGUAGAAGCAAAUCUGUCUUGUACCGCGUUUAUUGUGUCUAAACUUGGAAUUUUUGACACGGGACAGUACGAGUCGGAUUAAAGGAUUUUAGUUAAUUCAAUAUAAUAGAAAAUAUAUUAGGUAAUCUUUAUAGGUAAUAUGAAACUUCAAAGACAAGAGUUUCUGUAUAAGUACAACGAUAUAACUGUUUGUGAUAAAUUAAUAGAAUCUUUAAAAUAAAAAGUAUUAACUUUGUCUGUCCCGUCUCAAAAAAUCUCUAGAAAUGAAUAGUGACCAUGAAUUUAUUAAAACAGUCCCCUCUAUACAUAAUAAGCGCGAUACUGGACAGAUAGUAACCACGACGCAGGUAUAAAGACGUAUUACUUAAAUUAUCUACUUAGAUAGAAAAUACUUUCGUUCUCCUUCCAUGGGUAGGUACCUGACCAGAGUUCUGCCGCACUACUACAACUACUUAAUUAUAAAUAAUAUCGUAACUUAUUCGUAAAUCACUAACUUGUGUGAUUAUUUGGUUGUGUUAAUCUAUCUUAACAAUUUAGACAAAAUUUUCUAAUAGUUCGUGUUUAUUCUAUACUUUCUAACUCGAUGCCAAUGUUCUGCCAAAUUGUUAGUUAAAUUAGGUACAAACUAGAACGAAAUAUUACUAAGUGAACAAACUGCCUACGUUAAAUAGUCGCGAUUCAUUUAGAUUAAGGCAAGGCUUGUACUGAAACCCCAAACGUAAAGGUUUAAGUGGCUCAAACUACUCUAUGUUUCAUGAACUAAACACCGUUUGUAUUAGAUUUCAGACCGCCUCGUAUCUUGUAGACCGCAGAUCGAUCCUUCUUUUCACAUUAAGAGAGUACACAGUUAUUUUCUUACAAAAAAAAAUUAAGUCAUACAAAACGAAAGUGUAAAUACUGAAUAUUUUUCCAAAGUAAACUAUACCGGAGAUAGUUCUACGUCGUAAUACAAUUUAUUAAAGACAAGUCCCUCCAGAAAUAUUUUUUAACAAUACUCUAGCCAUUAAGACUGAAAGGUACUUUCUAAAUUCACGUUAAAUUCGUUAAUUUCGCGUAAAUGGAACGAUAGCUCUUCCUUUCUCUGUAUGAUAACUGUGCGUAGUGUAACCCAGUCGUGUCGCCACUCGUCACUCGUCACUAACCCAUUCCAUGCCCAUUCAUACUAGUCAGGGUAUAGCUUUGUAAUGAUGCCCAACUUUAACCAAAGUAACGUAGCGUAGCGCGCCCGCUGCGAGCGCCCCCUAGCGGUCAGUAGGAAACGUCGCUGUAUUCUAAUAGAAAUAUGCACUCACCUAAGUACUAAAAUUAACUUAAGAUUGACGAUUUAAACAAAACUUAUUUCAACUUAAAUAUAGAAGUGCCUUACAAUUUUAAUUUUUAUACUAUUUUCUUAAUUUAUAUUCGUUUUAAUAUCUAAAAGCACUGGAAAUUGCAUUUAUUGAUCCACUGUCCGUUCUGCUAGGACAGAACCGAUGUGAGGAUCGCACUGUCGUGUUUUGUUUUAUGUUCGUUUCGUUUCUUUAAAUAAAAAUAUUCUUAGAAAGUAAAAAUUAGAGGUUUAAAGGAAACCAAAAAGACGUUAUUUUUUCAUAUUUCUUUAAAAAUUAGGAACGUCUAUAGUAUUAAAUAUCACAAAUUUCAUGUACAACAUUAUCAGAUAAUCGUACCCACAAUAACUAAAGGUCAAUUGUAUGAAGAGUCUAAUAACGCGAGGAAUACAUUAUACCAGAUAUUGUAACAUAGCGGAUCGCCAUUGAAUACAGCGCUAAUUAAGUGUAAGUACUAAAUGUUAAUGUAAUACCGAUGUUAUGUUCGCUUGAAUGUUCUUGUAUCCGAGUCUCGUCUCAAUCUGUAGUCCUGGCACAUAGUGUAAAUGUAAGUACUUCUGUAUCUGUGUGAACACAUAAAAUGUUACUAUAGUAUUAAUAUUUUGUAAGUCUAAAUGGAUAUUAUAUUCUUCUAAUUUUGUAUGUCCGAGGUGCCGGCCCGCGCCGCGCCCGCUCCGGUACUACGUAACGUACUUAAUACGUACUUGUAAUAUAACUGUAGACGAUUAAUGUACACGUGCCAAACGCACGAUAAUUGAUAUUACACUCUGUGUUGUGAUUUUGAAAAUUCUGUAAAUUACAAAUGUCUUUGAAAAUACUAUGGAAAAAUGUAGACACCUUUUUAGAUUAGCACAAUUCUUCGCGUAGACACAUUAGGCCAAAAAUUUACUAAGCAUUUAGAAUUAACGAAGACGUAGGUAUUCAUUGGAAGAUGUAAGUGUAAUGUAUGAAUAGAUUCAUUGUUAUAUUCGAUCAAUGUGAUGAUUCGUAAGAACAACGACUUAACUCGAGUCCUGUACCCUACCGUGCUGGGCGACUCUUCACAACUUCGCAUAUCCUUGAAACAAUAAGUAAUAAAAUUAAUCUCUAUUAUAUAUAUUGAUAAAUUUAUUAGGGUAACUAAUUUUUUAAGACAAUGACUAUUACGUGAUCUUUUAGAUUGUCUUUAUUAAUAAAUAUAUGGUGAAGGUUUUGUCAA